CGUGCAGUGAAGUGUACACUAAGAUGCGAUCCGCAUUGCUUUGCGUUCUCCUAACACUAAUUAUACUCAGAAGAAUUUACGCACAAAACGAUGACUUCAGACCUAUGCCGAUACCGUUGAGCGAUUGGCACCACGACAGGAGGGAGGGUCGCGCUGGCACCCUACACGAGACCUUCAGAACUGAAUCGCCUCCAGCAGCAGCCGCUGUACCCGCACAUUACUGGGAGGAUGCCCUAAGACAUAGCGUAUACCUAACCCUUGUCAGGGACAAAAUCGACCAACUGAUCGCCAAGGGCGAAGUUAUAUCACCCAAUAGUAAACCGGGCGGUUAUGAUUCUAAAGAAAUCGACGAUCACGAUCUCUGGAACAAAGUGAAAACGGCACCCUUUGAAAGAAUCCAGCAGGAAGAACCCGGUGCUUACGGAGACGUUACGAUAAUGGCGAAAGGGCGACUCUUAGAAAACGAAGACGGUUACCGCUUCACCGAGGAUGAAAGGUCUAAAGAGAAAUGCAGCGAAGACGACUGUAUGCGAGACGUGAAAGCCUUCUGGUCAGUGAAACGAGUGAGACAAAGGGAUAUGGAGACAUCUCCAGGAAAACAUCACUACGAGCUGACUUUCUCGGUAAUUUCACAAAUGCCUAAGAAGCAAAGAAAACAAUACGAAAAUCCUAUCCGAACUUUUACGGUCAAAGAGAGCUCUCCGAACGGCGAAUUAGAUAGACCGCAAGAAUAUCGUAAAUUCGGACAUGGCCCACCCCCAACACCGAGGCCUGAAAGGGCAAUUUGGUUCCACAAGAACAUAUCACCUGCGAAACAAACGGGGAGAAAACAUUACUUUCACGGAUUAGAUAGGAUAUUUUCGUCUUUCUUUUCAGACGAUGAAGAUAAAGACUACGACUCUCCACCGCCGAAAUACAAGCAAGGUCCCUAUGUAACGCCAGCACCACCUCAAUACUCUAAAAUAGGAUACGCAGGCGCUCCUAACGAGCAACAUCAACAUAUACCUUAUCCUUACCGACCUCAUCCCGGAAAACAUACUCGGCCAUCGUUACAAUCACCCCCUAUACAUCCAGUUCAACAUCAGUAUUUAGACAUGGGUGUAAUUACUGCGUCCAAUAACAUGCCUUAUGCUCCCUAUUCCCACGACCACAGACUAGAGACGAGUCAAACAAUAAAGACUACUAGGCCAGCAGUCUUACCAACACCGCUACCACAUAAAAGUCAAUCUAGUGAAGUGACUAACAUGAUGUCAUUUGAGAGUAUUGAUAACACGUCAUUGGCUCCCGACACUACCGUCAUACACAAGAACUACAAUAAGUACAAAACAACACCAGCAAAACAUAACUACUUGCCGGACCAUGUCAGACCACCUAUAUACAAUGCUCCACCAGGUGUUUUCGUGACGAUGGAUAAAAAACCAUUUAAACCCAUGCCGCCCUUGAAACUAAUGCACUCAACAAAGCCUCAUCGACCGAAUAGACCAAUAGAUUUCAGACCGAGUCCACAAAUAACCGACGUUCAAAGUACAGAUUCUUUUGCCGAUAGUGCAUUCAGGCCGAUAACAAUGAAUUUCGGCGAUAGUAGUGCACCCGCAAAGUUGGAAGUUAUCGAAAUUCCUAAGAAAGGCGAACAAAACAAAAUACGAAAACCGACUGCGACAGGCAAGAAACCUCCGAAAAAACACGACAAACCACAUCGUACCACCACGGCAACUCCUGAUAUAAUCACUGCUCAAUCGACUUCCGAGGAAGAAAUCGAAACGAUGGACUGGGCAAAUAUAUUAGGAGCCUUUACCAAGACCACGCCGAUGGUAUCACAAACUGAAAAAAUGCAUGUUAAAGAAACUACUACGCCGAUGACCACCACAAAAACUGCAACCACGACAAGGCCAAGAAGUACGACCACCACUGCAACGCCGCAGGAAACGACAACAACAACAACCGCCAAGCCCAAGCGUACGCGUCCUCCACCAAAAUACGCUAAGCCAGAUAAAAUUAAGAAACAUAAGAGGCUUAGCACCCCUACAACAUCAACGACUACAACGACGGUAGCCCCCGAAAACAUAGUUAAGAAAAGAAUAUCUCUUGACUUAACACCACAGGCAUCUUCUGCCGCAACAAGUGCUCCAAAAUCUACAAAAUCCUACAGGGAAUCACAAAACAAAUCUCAAACAACAACUAGUACUACUACGUCUACUACCACUACAACAACGACGACAAUCAAGCCAACGACAACCAAAACGACUACAACAACCCAAUCGCCUAACACAACUAAAAAGUUGCCAGUCUCUACCACGCAAUCAAGGAGUAAAAAUCGUUUCCGACAGUCCACACUAAUGCUUAAGGGAACGUCAAUCAAACACGAUAAAUGGAACGGUCUUCAAAAUAAUCAAACGGUCACGACACCAACAUUAACAUCUUAUAAUAAUAGAAGAAAAGGUUCCAACUUCCAUGGCUACGUGUCAUCAACCACACCACGUCAAAAUGACGAGGAAAGUGAAGUAAAUCACGCUGACCACAGUUCUACUACGGAAUCCGUUGUUUUAAGAAAAUCCUCUUCUGCCUUACAGACAAAUGGAAAUUUUGAAACCGUUCAGCAAUAUGAAACAAAUAGUGUCAUACCACUAGAACACGCGGACCAGGAAAGCGAUGAGGAUUAUGAAGAUGAUUCCAAAGAUCAGUCGGAAUUUAUUUUUCAGCCUAUGACGACUCCAGAAUCAUCUCAAAUAAUUUCAACGCCCUACACGCCAACAAGUAACAAAACUAAGUGCAAAAAGAAAAAAAACAACACUACAACACAAGAACCAGACGAAAUAAGUGCAGAAACUUUUGGAACAACGCCUAAAUUUUCCACAGUAACAACGCCGAGAACUCCCACCGAAGAACCAACAACUAGUGAUAUUUUAGAAGAGUUUUUGAAUUUCAACUUUAAUGAAGAUGAUGAAAAAGAUCCUAAUCAGUCUGGAGCCGAUUUACAGGAGGAAGAAAGCUCAAAUAACGAAAGUUAUUUGAAAAUGGAUGACUUUGAGGAAUUUUUAGAUUUGCAUUUAUCAGAUAAAAAGAAACUAUCAGAUGAAGAUCAAUAUGGUAAUGAUGAUGAUGAUGAAGACGGCGAAAAUGAUGACGAUGACGAUGAAGAUGACGAAUAUGAGAACAGCAAAAUACCCUCAAUCGAUGACGACACAGAUUUUCAAUCGGACGAUAACGGAAAACAAGAAACAGGCAGGUAUUCAAGUAAUGAUGGUGCUAAUGAAAAACGUCCUUACACCCUAUUCGAACUAAUGGCCAUGUCAUAGACUGAUAUACUACAUUUUAGAAUUCCAAUAAAUGCAGCUUUAAUUUAUUUCUGUUUUUAAUAUUGAAUAGCAAAAGUUAUUGUUUAACAGGAAAGGCAUUUAAAAUAUAAACUAAAUCCUGUCUUAUUUAAAUUUGUACUACU